AUGCAGACAGGAAGGAAAGCGGCGGAGACCGUCAAAGAAACCGCGGCCGACGCUGCCGCUUCUGCCAAGGCUGGCAUGGAGAAGACUAAGGCCGCCAUCAAAGAGAAGGCUAAUUUAUUGCUUGUUAUAAAAGAAACUAAAAUUUCUUUAUUCUGCACGCAAGCGGAGAGGCUGAUGAGAAGUGACACUGCAGAAAAAGAAGCGGCCACCAUAGAGAAGAAGCAGAGGAUAGCGGAGGCGGAGCUCAACAAGGUGGAAGCGAAGGCAUACAACAAGGCAGUCCGGUCGCUGGCAGAGGCCGGUGGUCCUCACCCCGGUUACAAGACGUGGGGAAGUACUGAGAGUUACACAACAACAGCAAAAGCAACUGAUCCACUAAGUGACACUACCACAGCCACCACACACUACACUACCGCCGCGACGGAUCCCGUUUACCCAACGGAGCACCAACAACUGCCACAGAUCCCCACUAUCCACCUGGACCUACCGAUGGGACUUCCCGCUGAAGUAGGCACCUAG